GAUCGUUAUUCUUGUAGGCGCUAGUUUCGGUUUGAUCACGACGACGACAACAUCCUUCUCUUAAGAGCAAGAUCAGAAACUUCAUUUUAAGCCAUACUUCGAUUAAUGGUUGUGAUAUCGGUGGUAUCGAUCUAUAUACUGUUAUCAACAUAUGGUCAGUUGCAAGAAACGGAAAAAUUACCAUAGGAGUGCUUUCAGUUUGACCCCACGCCAUGCAUUCUCCACGUGACGUCUUCACGUUCUACGAUCCUGCCACGAAGAUAUGGCGAGGCAACAAUAUUCAACCCCUCUACAAUCCGAACCAAUCGCUGGGCGCUUUCAUGCUGACCGUACUCAACCACAACCCCCAGCAGAUAGCCCAAAUUAGCGUUGACACCGGCGCUCGAGUGACCUGCGGCGAGAUGCGCCUUCGAACGAUCCGUGUCGCCCAGAACCUGACACGGAUGGGCUACGGACCAGGGAAUGUCUUCACCAUGGCCGUUCGCAAUGACGAACACGCAGCCCCGGUCCUGUUCGCCUGCUUUGCUCUGGGCAUUCCGGUCAACACCCUGGAUGCCUCGUUCAAACGCGAUGAUCUAAGUCACAUGCUCAGUCUCGUGCGAUCCCAGGUCGUAUUCUGCGAUCGGGACACGUGGCCCGAAAUGAAGAUCGCUCUCGAAAUGACCAAGAACGACGCAGUUGUGUUUAUGGUCGGGGAAGGCGGCAGCCAGGAAGGAUGCAAACAUGUUGAGGAACUGCUGACAGAAACAGGGAGAGAGGAUCUUUUUGUACCAGACCACUUUGAGGAUGCGUCCACGCGAAUGGCCGUAAUUCUAUGCUCGUCCGGAACAACGGGUAAACCCAAAGGCGUCUGCCUGUCGCACGCCAACUGUAUUGCUAAUCUGACUAACCUGACAGAGACCCGUUCGACGGAUGUAAUGCUCUGCUUCAGCUCGCUCUAUUGGUUGUCGGGAAUGUUCUUCCUGCUGAUUGGAACCGCCGUAGGAGGAACACGGAUCAUCACGCGCGAUGUCUUCAAUCCGGCUUUGGCGCUGAACAUCAUCGAGCAGUACAAGGUUUCGGUGGCCUUCUUCCCGCCCGCUGCGGCUUUGGAACUUCUGAAGCAUCCGCAAGCGCCUCGAACGGACUUUUCCAACAUUCGUCUACUGUUCAGCGGAGGAUCAGCCGUAUCAGCGGAGCUGAAAUACGCAUUGGACAAACUCAUACCGCACACAAGUAGUCGCGUGGGCUACGGAAUGUCAGAGAUUGGAGGCAUUGCCACGUUCAGCGACGCGAACAUCUACAAGGCUGGCUGCGCCGGAUACCUAAGGCCUUUGAUACAAGCCAAGGUCGUCGAUCUGAAUGGGGAAGCAUUGGACAUCGGCCAACAGGGCGAGAUUCUAUUGAAACCCGUCUACAAAUUCUUGGGAUACUAUGGAAACGACGCAGCUACCUCGGAGAUGCUGGACCCGGAAGGUUGGCUACACACCGGAGAUAUUGGGCGGUUUGACGAAGACGGUUUGCUGUAUGUGGUCGAUCGCAAAAAGGACAUCAUCAAGUACGGCAACUAUCAAAUUUCUCCCAGCGAGCUAGAAGCCGUCAUCCAGUCCAUUCCUGGAGUUUUGAAUUGCUGCGUUACCGGAAUACCGGUUCCCGGUAAUGACCUCCCGGCUGCACUGAUAGUGAAAUGUGCCGAAGCUGAAGUCGAUGCAGAAGAUGUUCAUAGAGUGAUGAAUGCAAACCUAGGCAGCUACAAGCAACUUCGUGGAGGAGUGUAUUUUACCAAAGAGCUUCCGAUGACACCUUCCGGUAAGAUUCUUCGAAGACAGUGUCGAGAGAUUUUGAUUGAACACUACAAUAAUAGCAGUAAGUAGAAACUACGAAAUAUGUGUUGAUUUUAACUUGUUUCAAUUGUAUGUUUUGUCUGAGAUUUUUUUAAACUAGACACUUAAGCAUAAUGGUUUACAAAACAAUGACUAAAUGUAAGUAAGGUUAGGUAUAUGUAACACUGUUCAAUUAAAUAAAAUCUUGAUGUUUGUAAGUAUUUUAUUUAAAGUGUAGACGUGUGUAUGUGAUCUCUUAUUCGAGAUACCGAUCAUCCUCCGGAGGUAUUGGAAUCAAGCCGUAACUAUUUUUACAUAGUUUGUCUGAGGCUCAAUUGCGUGUAACGCUUUGCGGAUCCGAGAUUUAUUUUUCGAACAUAAUUACACGUCACACGUGUAUCAAAGUUUGUACAUACCGGGAUCAGACAGGGAACUCGU